UUCUUUGAACCCACCCACCUCUUCAAUUAAUUUCAUUUUCUUUUAUUACUUUUUAUUAUUCUUUUGUAUGGAAUUCCACUUUUACCCUUUCUUCCUCCCUCCAAAACGACCACCCCAAGCAGCACUCUCUCUCUCCCCCUCUCAUACAUUUAAAUAACGAAGGAUCGCCGGAGAAGGGGUUAAAUCCACUUCAAUGGCGGAUCAACAACCACUCCCAGACGAAACCCACCACAACACAAUCCAUCACCUAGCCAUGCCUCCCGGGUUGACCCGCGACGAGUUCACCGAGCUGGCUCACUCCAUCUCCGAGUUCCACACCUACCGACUCGGCCCCGGGCGCUGCUCCUCCCUCCUCGCCAAGCGAGUCCAUGCGCCGCCGGAUAUAGUGUGGUCCGUUGUUCGGCGCUUCGACAAGCCCCAGACGUACAAGCACUUCAUCAAGAGCUGCGUGGUGGGGGAAGGGUUCGAGAUGCGCGUGGGAUGCACGCGCGACGUGGACGUGAUAAGCGGGCUCCCGGCGAACACGUCGACGGAGCGGCUAGACCUCCUGGACGAGGAGCGGUGGGUGACGGGAUUCAGCAUCAUCGGAGGAGAGCACAGGCUCCGCAACUACCGAUCCGUCACGACGGUGCACGGCUUCCACCGCGGCGGCCGGAUCUGGACAGUGGUUCUGGAAUCGUACGUGGUGGAUGUGCCGGAGGGAAACACGGAGGAGGACACGAGGCUCUUCGCCGACACCGUCAUCAAGCUCAAUCUCCAGAAACUCGCCUCCAUCACCGAAUCCAUGGCUCCUCGCUCGGCCGAAGCUGCCGAUUAUCCGGUGGUGUGCGAGAGAGAGAGAGGAACGAUCAAUUUGUAAACUUUGCUGUUUGAGGGUCACAUCUUUUUCCACUACGGUUCUUUCUUCCGCACUUCGAAAUUCGAACGAUCAAAGGGAAAAGGGUAUUUUGGACAUUAUUAUCAUGGGGGACACGGUGAAACGAGGUUGAGGUUGGGGAUAGGAUGGCAAAAAGGAAAUUAAAACAAGUAGCUUAGCUGUAUUCCCAAAUUUAGCCCUAUGUUUCGUGGACGCAUUCAUCGUCGUAUCAA